AUGAGCAGGAACGGCGGCAAGGUGUCGAAGCUGGAGAGCCUGAGGCUGAGCCUGUCGCGGGCGCGAGGUGGUGGUGGCGGGCAGUCUUCGUCCACCACGGCGCGGCCGGGAGGUGGCGGCGGCGGCGGAGCCAACGCGUCGUCGCCCCACAGGCGGUCCUCUUCCUCGUCGUCCACGGCGUCGCCGCCGAGCUCGUGCGUGUCGUCGGAGGGCAGCCCGGACGCGGCGGCCGGGCCGCCCAUGGUCCUGGCGGGGUGCCCCCGGUGCAUGAUGUACGUGAUGCUGUCCCGGGAGGACCCGCGGUGCCCCCGCUGCCACAGCGCCGUGCUACUCGACUUCAACGACGACGAGCAGCGCCGCCCGCGCCCUCGCCAGCGCCGGUGA